GAGGCGGAGAGGGGCCGGGCUCGACUCGUCGCCUCGGGCUGCGCGGGGAGUCGCCGCCGCCGCCGCCGCCGCCGCCGCCGAGCGCCCGCCGGACGAGAAGGAGGAGCAGGAGCUGGAGGAGGAGUCGCCGCCGCCAGGAAUAGCUAUUCACAGUCAGACAGAACCUCUUAUCACGUUUUGCAGUAUCUCCUGAGGAAGUCAGAAUCUGAGCCAGCAUGAAGACGGAAUCUUGUCUUCGAUCUGAUUUGCAAACCGUACUUUUAUUCUAAUCAUGUGCAAGGUGGAGGUUAUAGCGUGGGAACUAAAAUCUUACUGCCUGCCUGACACAACUCGCUUCAAGAAGUGCACAAUGUCAGAACGUGGAAUUAAGUGGGCUUGUGAAUAUUGUACGUAUGAAAACUGGCCAUCUGCAAUCAAGUGUACUAUGUGUCGUGCCCAAAGACCUAGUGGAACAAUUAUUACGGAAGAUCCAUUUAAAAGUGGUUCAAGUGAUGUUGGUAGAGAUUGGGAUCCUUCCAGCACUGAAGGAGGAAGUAGUCCUUUGAUAUGUCCAGACUCCAGUGCAAGACCAAGGGUUAAAUCUUCAUAUAGCAUGGAAAAUGCAAAUAAAUGGUCAUGCCACAUGUGUACAUAUUUGAACUGGCCAAGAGCAAUCAGAUGUACCCAGUGCUUAUCCCAGCGUAGGACCAGGAGUCCUACAGAAUCUCCUCAGUCCUCAGGAUCUGGCUCAAGACCAGUUGCUUUUUCUGUUGAUCCUUGUGAGGAAUACAAUGAUAGAAAUAAACUGAACACUAGGACACAGCACUGGACUUGCUCUGUUUGCACAUAUGAAAACUGGGCCAAGGCUAAAAGAUGUGUUGUUUGUGAUCAUCCCAGACCUAAUAACAUUGAAGCAAUAGAGUUGGCAGAGACUGAAGAAGCUUCUUCAAUAAUAAAUGAGCAAGACAGAGCUCGAUGGAGGGGAAGUUGCAGUAGUGGUAAUAGCCAAAGGAGAUCACCUCCUGCUAUGAAGCGGGACUCUGAAGUGAAAAUGGAUUUUCAGAGGAUUGAAUUGGCUGGUGCUGUCGGCAGCAAGGAGGAACUUGAAGUAGACUUCAAAAAACUAAAGCAAAUUAAAAACAGGAUGAAAAAGACUGAUUGGCUAUUCCUCAAUGCUUGUGUGGGGGUUGUAGAAGGUGAUUUAGCUGCCAUAGAAGCAUACAAGUCAUCAGGAGGAGACAUUGCACGCCAGCUCACCGCAGACGAAGUACGCUUGCUGAACCGCCCUUCUGCCUUUGAUGUUGGCUAUACUCUUGUACACUUGGCUAUACGUUUUCAGAGGCAGGAUAUGCUAGCAAUAUUGCUUACAGAGGUGUCUCAACAAGCAGCAAAGUGUAUUCCAGCAAUGGUGUGUCCUGAACUGACAGAACAAAUCCGGAGAGAGAUCGCUGCCUCUCUUCAUCAGAGAAAGGGGGAUUUUGCUUGCUAUUUUCUGACUGACCUUGUAACAUUUACGUUGCCAGCAGAUAUUGAAGAUUUGCCUCCAACAGUCCAAGAAAAACUAUUUGAUGAGGUGCUUGAUAGAGACGUUCAAAAAGAAUUAGAAGAAGAAUCUCCAAUUAUUAACUGGUCCUUGGAAUUGGCUACACGUUUGGACAGUCGACUGUAUGCACUUUGGAACCGGACUGCAGGAGACUGCCUACUUGAUUCAGUACUACAAGCUACCUGGGGCAUUUAUGACAAGGACUCGGUGCUUCGGAAAGCCCUGCAUGACAGCCUGCAUGACUGUUCACAUUGGUUUUACACACGCUGGAAAGAUUGGGAAUCAUGGUAUUCUCAGAGCUUUGGUUUACAUUUUUCCUUGAGAGAAGAACAGUGGCAAGAAGACUGGGCAUUUAUACUCUCUCUUGCUAGUCAGCCUGGAGCAAGCUUGGAGCAGACGCACAUUUUUGUACUGGCACAUAUUCUUAGACGACCAAUUAUAGUUUAUGGAGUGAAAUAUUACAAGAGUUUCCGGGGAGAAACUUUAGGAUACACUCGGUUUCAAGGUGUUUAUCUGCCUUUGUUGUGGGAACAGAGUUUUUGUUGGAAAAGUCCGAUUGCUCUGGGGUAUACAAGGGGCCACUUCUCUGCUUUGGUUGCCAUGGAAAAUGACGGCUAUGGCAACCGAGGUGCUGGUGCUAAUCUGAAUACUGAUGAUGAUGUCACCAUCACAUUUUUGCCUCUGGUUGACAGUGAAAGGAAGCUACUCCAUGUGCACUUUCUUUCUGCUCAGGAGCUAGGUAAUGAGGAACAGCAAGAAAAACUGCUCAGGGAGUGGCUGGACUGCUGUGUGACAGAGGGGGGAGUUCUGGUUGCCAUGCAAAAGAGCUCUCGGCGGCGAAAUCACCCCCUGGUUACUCAAAUGGUAGAAAAAUGGCUUGACCGCUACCGACAGAUCCGGCCCUGUACAUCCCUGUCUGAUGGAGAGGAAGAUGAGGAUGAUGAAGAUGAAUGAAAAAAAAGCAGAAGACCAAGGCAUCGGAUCUGUAAUGACCCUAAAGUUAGUGUGGUGCUCCAAGCAGAGUCUACAUCAUGGACUGAACCAAAUCUGGCAGAAUCUGCUCGGAAGUGUUUUCCUGGACCACACACACCUAAUGGAGAUACGGCCUCUGCUGCAUGAGGGGACAGAGAACUUCGGUUGGACUACAGUUUGUAAAAAAAAACAAAACCUAAUUUUAUUAUUAAGACAGAACUUUUUGUCCUUUCAAAUUGUAAAUCUGUCUAUAAAUGUAACGCAUGUGGUUGUGAAAGAAAUUGUGUAAUAGGAAAAGUUGUACCAGCAUCUUCAUAUUAUUGAGAAAUUGUUUUCCAGCAUGGGCACUUAGAAAAAGCACAUGACAGACGACUCUUUGUUCCUUUGAGAUAAUAUUUCAAUAGAACCUGGCAUUCUACUUUCACCUUAAAAGAUCCAUCUAAUGUUAAGUCUCAGAGAUCUGGAAAUGUUUUGUAUGAAUUAUCCACAGCAAAACAUAAAAAUAAGCUUUUAAUAAUUUAGUUCCUAUUGUGCCCAAUAAAAUCAAAUCUUUUAGGAACAAACCGAAAGAAAAGAAUGUUUUAGCGUGAACUAAAUAUAAACAUUGUUUUAUUUGUUUUGAAGAGGGUUUUGGUUUUGGUUAUUGUAUCUUUAUACCCCCUUUCAAUAUGUAGAUAUUUAUUUGUUUGGAAGAGUACCUUAAAAAUAAGGGUUCUAAUUCCAGAUUCUGGGUCUGUGAGUAGCAUUUUCCUGGAUGAAAAGGGAGCAAGCCCACUUGUCACUAAAUGAAUUGUGUGAAAUUUGCUCACUUGGACUCCAGCAACAGUGUUCUACUCCCAAAUUGCCAGGCCAAAGGGUCUUCGGAUUCUUCCUUUUAUCACCUCUGCUCUAGGCAAAUUUUGUCAGGCAGAUUGGGAAACCAAUUCACUACAGAAUAAAGAUUUUUAAAAUGCAAUAAAGGUGGUAAAUGCAUUGUAUGAAGAAUUUCUCAGUGUAUAGUCUGAGAACUUUUGCAUGUUGAAUUGUGGCCAUUCUUAUUUAAAAUUAAAACAAUAAUGUUAGGUAGAAAAAUUUUUAUAAGGAGUAUUAUUUGACCACUUGAGGUAUACAUUCAAUACUGGGUAAAAAUUUCAGACCUAUUUAACUCAGGAACACAGAAAUACUUGGUGUCCUGAUAAGCACUUUCUAGACGAUUGAUGUGGCCAGGAAUUUGGAAAAAAGACAUACUCACACGUGUAUUUUUUUUUCUUCCCUGUGAUGAAAAGGCUGUGAAAACCUUAAAAGUAUUUGCUCGCUUCUUGUUUUGUUUAGUUGAUAAUGAAAUGUGUACAACCUCAAAUUUGCUGCCAGAAUGAUACUAAAAAUAGAAAACUACCCAUGAAA